GAUCAUUCAACAAUAUGCAAACAGCUUUCAACAUGCAUUAAAAACGAAAAACAUCUGGCUGGGUUGACAGCAUCUUAUUCUUUUUAAAAUGAUAAGAUGAUGUACGUCUGAAGUAUUUAACAACAUCAAAGUUAAUAAACUUGAAGACUUAUCCACAUAUGUUAUGAGUUACUGAACUUGGAAUCAGUUGGCAAGUAUAUUCACAAAAUGUCUUAUACUUCCCAAUUAUCGACGGGCAUGUAUGUGGGUCUUUGUCGUUAUAUUGGGACACCGACAGAGAUCACCAUGAGAAGGCAGGUGAUAGACAUUGAAGAGUUGAUAAUCAAUAGACAUUGCGAGGGUAGAGGAUUGUUUAGCGGUAGCUUCAGAGAAGGUUUUCGUUUUAAAUCGUCUGACAAAGACUACAUGCUCUGGAAUAUCAGGAAUAAAGUGAUCACUGACCUAUCUCAGUGCGUUAUCUAUGAUCUUUCCAAACAUUCCAUUUUAUUAGUAGAAGAUAAAGAUACACCUCCAGGGUUCGUCAGACUAGAGCUUAUUUCAUCCCUAUGCGAAUUGCUUAACUUAUCUGCAAUUCGUAGAAAUGAUAUCAGGUACAUAUCAAGUUUAAUGUACAAAAAUAAUCUUUGCAGUUAUAUGCCAAGACGUAACAAAACAGCUUCAAUUCAUGGUCCGUGUUUACAAAAUUGUUAUGAAUAUGAAGAAACUGAUUUUGCUUUCUGUUUCAACUGCAUUCAUUGGCCUCGAAUGACUAAUAAUUGGGUUCAGAGAUGUAUUCGGCAUAACUGGCCUCCAAAAACUGUGUUUGCCGAAAUUCUUAAGAAUGGUUGUCACUUUGUGCCUAUCGGUAGCAAAACUUCAUCAGGUGAAAAUCCAUUAGAAUGGAGGUUGUCAUUCUCACAAGCAGAACAAAAACUUGUGUAUUCCAUGAAUCAUACUCAAUUUCUUUGCUAUGGACUUUUAAAAAUAUUUCUUACGGAGAUUGUAAAUUAUGGCAAAACAGAAUCACUCCUGUGUUCAUAUUUCAUAAAAAGUACGAUAUUCUGGUUAAUACAAGUACGGCAUAUUUCCUGGUACCCAAAUAACUUACUGUAUUGUUUCUGGAAAUGUUUCGAAUUUCUGUUAGAUUGUGUCCAACGAGGAGUGUUUCCAAACUUCUUCAUUCCACAAAACAACAUGUUCGUAAACAAAGUGGUUGGAUUUGCACAGCAAUCUCUCACAGAACAGCUAAUGGGUUAUUACGAAUGUGGUAUGUCUUGUUUGCUCCAAAGCCAGACGCUAAGAGUAAUUAUGGAACAACUUACACAUAUAAACGUUUUUGGGAUACUACCAAUGAUGGGAGACACAAAAAGUGUCGUAGAGAUGGAUAUAUCCAUAAAAAAAGAAGUAUUUAGGAUGUCUCUUCCAUCACUCGAUUUAAAAGGUUGCUUCAUCAAUCUAGAAUCAAUAGUCAGUCUAUCACAGUUAUCACUUUCUGAAUAUCAAAAAUUAACAUUACAGUAUUCUACCGUAGAUGUUCUCAUACGUACAGCAUUUAUAUACCUUAAUGCUUACCCAGAUUGUUCCAAUCAGAAUGAUUAUAAAUUAGACAAAUGUUGCUCUAACAUGCUAAAGCAGGCCGGUACUCUAUGUGAUGAGUCAAAUUUGUUGUUCCUUGCGAUGUAUUAUUACAGAACAUGUAGAUAUCGAGAGGCGCUUAUGAUUGCAGUGACAACUAAAUCAAAACUCAUGCAGCGAAAUAUGAUGUGUUUUAAAGUAGAUAUGGAAAGAUACUAUGAAUCUGUAGUUGGUUUGUCUCUAUCUAACCGAAUGAAAAGAUAUUGGUCGGACAACAUUCGUCUCUACGUUGAUAUUCUUUAUAUUCAAGAACUAACUUUAGAACAGGAAGCCAGCUAUUACAGCAGUUUUAAUGCCUUAUACAUUUCACCUUAUGUUCUGCCAGAAAUGGUUUGUGUGUUAUGUCACCACAGACUAGGCAAUCGGUCCCAGUGUCUGCAGUCACUGAUAGACCUACAGACACUGCUGCUCUAUGACGACGGGAAAUAUGUAGACCUCGAUGCAAGAGACAUCUCGUGGCAGAUACUGGGGAUCUGUCAGCACGUUGUGGGGGACCUCCGUGCUGCGUUACGGUCGUAUCUUCAGUCACUUCGACAAAUACCAUAUCAUGGAAUACAAAAAGCUACUGUGAUCAGAAUAAGACACAUAUUAAAUCAACUGCAAGUAUGAUAAGACUAAAAAAGAAUGCUGGUUUCUGGGCAAUUGUAUACAUCAUUUGACAUCUUUUUAAAACAUGUGAUUAUCCUAGUGGUUUUCUUUAGCUUUGUCAAUUGCAACUUAGAGUUUUGCGUUUGAUUUGAUAUUCACAUGAAUAACGUACCUGCAAGAAGUACAAAAUUCGAAAGUGCCAUAGUUUAGUUAUUAAUUUUAAUAUACAAUAAUAUAGUAUUGUCAAUGCUUAAAAUGUUGGUCAAGUGUUUAUACCGCUGCUACAAUGUACUGAUAAAUUGCUGUGACUGUCGUUAACUGAGAAAGACCUAUAUUUCUGCGAGUUCUAAUUAUUACCGAUAUUUGCUGAGAUUAAAUGUUGGUUUUAUUAAUUUCUGCAAAUAACUAAAAAUAUUUACGAAGCUAAAAAUGAGGUGAGUGAUGUGGCCCAUGGGCCUCUUGUUUGUAAUGCUCAACCAAUCCAAAGCCUGUGCGAUGUUUACUAUGUACUGCGCUUAAGCUUGGCGUAUUUUAUAUUGUUAAAAGUAUGUGAUGUCUGCACAUACUCCACACUCCACCCGCUAUCUCAGGUAAAACCAAAUUGUUUUCUUACAUGUCCACACAGGGGCCAAGCCCGUUUGUAAGAUUUUUAAAGA